CUCAAAACCUAGAUAGAUACUGUUUCUGUAUGGUAAAAAAAAGCGCGGCGAUAAAAAGAAAAAAGCAGGAGCUUGAAUUUAGUUUUGGCGGAGUUUGGGGCUAGAAUGACGUUCUGCAGAUUCAAUCCUGCAAUGACAAUGCGAAUCGCAAUUCUAAGGGAGGCUAGAAGGAAAUUUGAUAGCAUUUUAGGGUUGAAUAGGUUGAUUCAUUCCGUUCCUCAUUCUCAAUCUCAAUCUCCUCCUUUAGCUGGGAGCAUUUACCAUGGGUUGAAUAGUUUCUGUUUUGGUGGCUCUUUGGAGCUCAUGGCUGUCCCAAAACGGAAGACUUCUCCUCAUAAAAGAGGAAUAAGAAAUGGACCAAAAGCUCUCAAACCUGUUCCUGUGCUUGUCCUAUGCAAGGGUUGUGGUCGUGUCAGGCUUCCACAUUUCUACUGUUGCAGUGGGAAACCACACCACGAAAAUAAUGGUGGACAGAAUGGCACAAUCUGAUUAAUUUGUUUGUGAUGAAGCGCUGUAUGUUAGUUGGCGGGUAGAGCCACCCGUAAUUUAGAUCUUUCUUUUGAUUGUUAGCUGAUGGAAUAGGUUGUUUGGUAGUAAUGUUCUACUUCCUUCUUCCUUAAGCUAUCCGAUUUUUUUUGUUUUUGAAGGAUUAAGCUAUCCGAUUGUUGGUUUUAAGUUCUUAGCAUUAAAAGAUAAAUAUGUAUGAGAAAUUUUUGAGAUGGUAUUUUGCUUCCAUUGAAUAGUAGCAGCUUUUAAUGCGUUACAAACCGUAUAAAAGCUCACAAAUUUGUUCUUUUGAA